AUGGAUGCUAAGGAUUUGAGAAAAGCUGCGACUCAUAAUGCAACACUGUCCGAUGGAGACGCAAACUAUGACCAAACCGCUGUUACUUUACAAAAUAAUGGAAUUAAAACGUAUCAGGAAAUCGGAUCAAAUUCAUUGGGUAAAGUGGAGGUGCAAGUUGCGCGACCGUGUGCUAUUAUAGGCCCCGACAGAGUGGUGCCACCACCCACAGCUACUGAUGCGUAUCUAAAAAAAGCUUCAGUCGAACCAUGGCCAUGUUCAGACAACGUUUACCGUCCACAAACUGAUUUUUCACAAAAGUUACCAGAAUAUCACUCUGUGAGAAACAUAUCGCCAAGACAAACAUUUCAAGAAAAUAUGCAGCGUGUAAUGUUACCACCCUCAUAUCAUGCUACAAAAAGUUUUGAAAAUAAUUUAAAAAGUUCAAAAGGUGAGACACCAUUAGACGUUAAGUACUGUGAUGUGCCUUACUCAAUGAAUGCUACAGUAAAUAGUCAAAAACAUAUGAGGAACUCUGAUAUUCCUAUAACAAACCCGAAUCCCUCUUUUGUGAGGGGCAUACAAGCACAAGGGUGGCCUAGUGGUGUUAAUCCUAGGCCACAGAGAGCCUAUGCUCCAGAUUUUUAUCAAUAUUCAGAUUUUCCCAAUUACUUGGCCCAAAGACCAAUGCAAAGAUUUCAUCGGCCCCCACAUGAAGAUCCUGCUCAAGUACAUGCAGAACGGAUCUACCAUGAAAGUAAUGUGAGGUUCAAACCAUAUCCAAAUGCAAAAGAGAGGUAUCCACAACAAAGGUAUGAUUAUAUUGCUAAUUUUCCUAAUACAUAUCAACAACAACCUUCAUUUCAACCCCAAAAAUUUGACAUUAGUAAAACUUUACCAUCACACCCUUAUCCAAUGUAUACACAAGUACCAAUUAGGCGUAUACCUGAACCUGUUAUAGAUCAAUACCAAAGAACUAAUCAACCAAAUUUUAAUCACUAUCCAAAUCAAUACAUUCCACCCUCUUAUGGACCAGUUCCAGGAAACUGCUUAGCCAGCAAAAUGUAUUCUUAUCCAACAGAUAUUUCAGCCAAACCAUUAAAUCCAUCAAAAUUGCCAUAUGAUGUUAAUGGGAAAAUGUUAGUAGAUUAUGAUAACAUAAGAAAUAAAAUGUAUCCUCUUGACAAUGUUACUUAUUAUAAUGAACUUAAUAGAAAAGGUGACGUAGCAUUAUCUACACAUCCUGGUAUGCAUCGAUUAUCACAACCAUAUGCAUAUAGAAAAGAAAAUGUGUCAUUUGAGGCUUUCCAACACAGGGUGAUGGAUCCCUUAUAUGUCAACAAUGGUUUACAAAGACAUCCAAUACCAUAUUCACCUGCCCUUAUUAAGUCACCCGCUGACUACAAUGUCACCAAUGACAUCCAAACUUUAGGGAUGUCACAUGAAGACUGUGGCUAUGCAAGUCAGUCAUCAUCUACAAGUGGAAAAAGUAUUGAUUCUUCCAAUUAUAGAUUUCAAACAGAUAUUUAUAAAACUCACGAAGGUUUAUAUAAUUCAUCCACAAAGAACAUGCAAAAUAAAUUGUCUUCAAAGAGUUCCAAUAAAAAAAGCCUUGACGUAAGGCAAUUUUUGCAAAUGUGGAAUGAAGGUGAGGAUGAAGUUGGUAAUGCUUCAACAGUCUCUAAUAAUUUAUCCACACAAUCUGAAACAAUAAGUAACCCAGAACAGCUUGUAGUCUUAGGGCUUGUUAAUAUACCAAAUGAAGAACUCUCUAAAUAUGAGCAUAUACAAAAAAUCUCAAAACUACCUGAAAACAUAAAGGGAUAUAAUAGUAUUGAAUUACUCAACCAAUAUGAGCAAUUAGUAGAAACACCUGCUUUACGUCAUGUUAAUAAACCAAUAUUACAUGAAUAUCAGAUGUCGCCAAAGUCUAAACAUUCUUCUAUUCUCUCACGUCCCAUAUCACCAUUAGAUGUUGAGGCAAAAAUUAGUCAAUCGGUUAUACACAAGGAAGUUGGCUGCAAUUUUGAAAUUAAGCCAUGUAGCCCAAAAAUGCUAAAUGUUGAACUAGCUACUCCAUUACAAAAUAUAAUUGACGAAAGAACCAUUGAAAAAGUUAGAAACAAAAGUAUUAACAAUACACCUCAUCUUGUGAAUACACCUGAAAAUGUUAUGCUAGAGUCACCAUCUUCUAGCUGUAAAAUGAAUUCACCAUAUAUUUCAAACAAUGAUGUAAUUAAAAAUAGUAAUUAUUGUUUACAAGACUUAGAAAGUAAUUCGGGUGUUUGUUUAGCGUCUUUACCUAGACUCGAUAGUGAUAUUGAACUUAACUUCCCUGAAAUCAAUCAGCAGUUCAUAGAUGCAAAUAAGUUAAAAGUUCACGAAAAUAUUGAGACUAUCCCAUACGAUACUAUCCCUAAUUGCAAAAGUGAUAAGAAAAAUAUUCCCGAACGAAUUUUAACACCAGAACUACCAAUUAUACAUAAAGAAACAUCCAAAUUGAGCAAAUAUCGAAAAAAUAAAGUGUCCGAAGCUUCGUCAGAGAAUAACACUUACAAAACGCUAAACAAUAGAACGGAUAGCGUAAUUAUAAAAAAUCCUGACACAGCGAGGAGAAAUGAUGAAAAUAAUUCGAACGUUUCAACCAUCGCAUUUAGUGACGAAGUACUAAUCGAAAGCAGUGUUUUGAAACAUCAAGAAGAAUCGAAUAAUGAUACAACUGACUGCAAUCAGAGUGCUAUUGAUUUCAGUUUAAAUAAAAUUAAUUCAAGCAUGGAUAACGUUACUGAUCCUGAAAACUUACUGUUCAAUUCCAGUUAUGAUUCAACAAAGAGUAAUAAUGAAUUUCAAAUUGGAGACGAGGCAAUACAAUCUGAUGCCCUUUCAUUAGUAACAAAAAAAGUGGAAAUGGAAUUAAAAGAAUUUGAGAACAAUGAAGCUGAUUCAAAUAGAGAUAUUGACAUAGUUGUAAGCGAUUUAUCUCUAGGAUCGGUUUGUACUGUACCUAUUUCUCCUAAACAAAGCGAAAUUAAUAUUUCUCAACCACAAGGCCACGCAACACUGGAAUACACUGAUAAUAGUUUGGACGAAUCCAAUGCUAAGGCUAAUCUUGAAUAUGAUAGUAAUUGUCUUCACGGCAAAGACGAAGAAAGCAAAUUAGUAAAUGACAUGAAAAAAUCUAUUCACAAUGACCGACAGUUCCAUAAAGAUAUAAUUGAAAAUAACAUUCAAGAAAACGAAACUAGACUGAAUACUAGUAUUCCUAAGGAGAGUUUAGAUGAAUUUUCAAAUCAAAAUUAUAGUGACUUAAAUAAUACUAAAGGAAGUUUGAGUGAAACAGACAUUGAUUAUAAUAUUAGUCAACACAAUUUCAAUAAAGAAUGUUUUAUUAAUCAAUCAGUCAUUACAAAAUAUGAUAAUAUCGAAAUACAGCCUAAAGAAGAAACUCAUCAAUCAAUUGUUAAUUCUGAUUUAAUAACUAAAGAUGAUAAAGUAGAUCUUGAAGAGUGUUUAAACGGAGACAGUGCAAUAAAUGAGAACCCAACCAAUACAUUGACACCUGAUAAUACUAAAAAAUUUUUGGCUGUACAAUAUCCCGUUAGUCAAGAUACUUCAGUGGUGGUUGAAAAACUAAGUACAAAUGUUGAUGUCUGCAAAGAUGUACACGAAAAUACUGAAAACAUUAUAUGUUACGGCGCUGAGAGCAUAAAUGAAACGAUUGUGCAUAAACCUGAAAGUAUUGGUGAAAAUCCUAAAAAUAUUUUCAGUGACCAUGCUGAGAUCAUAAAUAAAACAGAGACAAUUAAUUGUAGUCAAGUAAUAGAUAUGGAUUUAGGAAGGGCGGAUUGUUCUACCGCUGUGUUAGGCGUAAUUGCAAGCACAUCAACAAAUAGUAUUGAUAAAAACGAAGAUACGAAUAGCUUCGCAGAAAAUACAGAUAACUCUCUUGAUUAUGAACCCAAUGAGAUUUUAGAAUCUCAUUCUAGUGAUUUACAAGUUACUGAAACACCGCAACUUGAUACACAUAAUUCAGAAAAUAACUUGCUGGAAAAUUGUGGCGAUACCAGCCAUCGUGAUAAUAAUGGAAUCCAUAACACAAGCACAAUUGACGAAAAUCAAACACUCGGUAACAACCUUGCAGAUCCACAAAUUAAAGUUGGCGGUGAUUUGAAUAUAACAGAACCAUUGAACAGUCCUUAUGAAUGCAAAGGUAAGGAAGCAAAAAACCCUAUCCCUUCUUUAUUAAAAAGUCAUGUAGGAUAUUGUUGCGUUAGAAAUUGUUUUCGAAAGGAACUUUUCUCACCUUGGAUACAGAAACUGUUGAUGUUCAGGGAAGGAAGUGAUAUGGAUUGCUUUAGACAACAGAAAGUUUUACCAAACACAACAUCAAAUGAUAUUGAAAGUUAUUCUGCUGAAGAACAUUUGAUUACUUCAUAUGCAGAACAAAUUUUGGAAGAAACUGUACCAAAUCAGAAAAAUAUACACGAUAUAAUAAACACUGUAAACGAAAAAGAUAAAGUUUGCAUUCGUAAAAGUGACCUCAAUCAUUUAAAUCAACGAUUAAGUUUAAAACGAUCGUUAUCAGACUCAGCUCUCGACUUAUGCACGGACAACGAUUGUGCUAAACAAAUAUCAUUAAAUAAACGAAGAAAACUCCUAAACAAAGAUUUCGCGAAUUCCAACGUUAGUGAAGAUGUUAGUAAUUUAAUUCAAAACCAUAGAAGAAACUCAAUAUCUACAAUAUAUAGUGAUGAGAGUGUCUAUAUUCUUUUAACUGGCAAUGAAUAUGUAAUAGAGCAAGAAGACUAUGAUUCCAAUAAACUAUGCUCUACAGAAGAUACCGUUGAUGUUCACAAAUCGUCUGAAAUUAUGAACUAUGAAAUUGUUCCUAGCUCUCCUGAAAAUACGCUUUCUGUGGAUAAUGCGCCAGGUGAAAUUUAUAUACAUUCUCUGGAUGAUAAAACUAUUCACGAAACCGAGUGGGUGGAAACCGAGGAAGACAUGGAAAAUAUAUUUAAUGACGAUGUCGCUGUGGAUAUAACUAUUAGCGCUCCUAUGUCACCUGAAAAUUCAAACGUAUCUAGUAAUGAUAUCUAUAGUGAAGAAAUCGUUGGUUCUGAUAGCGAGUGUGAACAUAUAGCUAAAAUAAAAGAAAUUUACGGUGAUAAUAUAGACUUGACCGAUAUACAACUUGUAGAGACAUUAUACAAAAUGCCUCAAAUGGAAGUUAAUAAAACUCUUGUUGAUAUUGAAUCUCAUACAACGCAAGAGGAUAAUUCGAUCUCUUUACUUACUAACCAACUUUUGCAGCAAGAGAGCCCACGUUGUUCAAAUAAUCAAGGAAUUCAAGAGACAUUUCUUCGUUGUGAUUAUGAGAUUCAAAAAUCAAACACGUGCGACAAUGAAUAUACCUCGUCAUUAAAUUGUUAUAAUGAGUCAAAUAAUGAAGAAAUUUUUAUGAACGACGAAGAUAUAGAUGUUCAUGAUACCGCAUAUAGGUUGACUAAUAACUGUUCGUCACUAAGCAGUAGUGAUUCUAAGUAUUCCGUGUCUAGCUCACCAGAAGUAUCAUCUACUACAUCAGAAGAAAAAAAUUCUAGCAUUCUAUUAAAAAUCACCAGCGUAAAUGGUUCCAGACGGUCAGAAAUCGCUGAGACGAUGGAACAAACGCGAUUCAAAUUUACCGAACGAAAUGAUUACUCCACAAAUUAUAGACCACUUAUAACAAAAGCAGCACAAAAAUAUAUUCCUCCUCUCAUAGAAUCGCAAGACUUAAAAGUAAAAUUACCUUUACCACAACAGAGUCUGCAUAAACUAAAGCAGUUAAAAUUGGACAAGAAGAAAAGUUGUGUCGAGGAACAGAAAAAGACAACUGUACACCACAAAUCUAAUUUUACUAAAAAAGUCAAACCAAAGUUUGAAGAUGUCCUUAAAAGUAUCGACGAAAUUCAAAUUAAAAUGCAUAGAGAAAAAGCUAAGAAAACAAAACACAGUAUUCCAAAGGUAGUUAUUAAAAAAACUGAAAAUGGGGCGCAUUAUGCUAGUACGCCGGUUAAGAAACGUACUUUCAAUCCCGAUUUAACGGGUCGAAAGUGGCAACCGUGGGUAUUUAUAGAACGUAAUGAAUUAGUCGACAGGAUGGCUCAAAAGAAUAAACAUAAAGCCGUUUACUGUCAUAGGAAAAAAACUUUUAUCUUACAAGAAAAGUUCAAGAAAUAUAAAUCUAUAUGCACAGCAAAGUUUGUUAUAUCGCAGCCUUCAUCCGACAACACAUCAUCUGGCAAUUUAAAAUAUACAAUUAGGUUGAAACAUAAUUAUUAA